AACUAUUGGAUGUAUUUGCCGCUGUGCCAAGUUGUCUGUUCGUUGAUUGGUGAAGCAUUUCUCCCCUAAGGAGGCGAGAUCUGCUGGUACUGAGAUUUCGGGCCCGAGGUAAAAAGAACAGUUCCAGUCAGGUUCUCUCAGCUGCACCGGGGCGGAGGAGUAAACGCAGGUAUGGUUUGAACAUGCGUUGCUUGGCAGCCCGAGUCAACUAUAAGACUCUCAUCUUUAUCUGUUCUCUCUUCACCCUCGUGACGGUCUUACUAUGGAAUAAAUGUUCUUCCAAUGACCAUACUCCAAAUCUGCCAUGGGAUCCUCAAGCAGGUCUUCGAGUUGACAGCUUAGAUAAGAGGGCAGCAGCUUCAGAGAGCAAUGCAGCCAACGGUCCUCUCCGAUCUGAGGAGGCAUCUCCCCAGGAACAGCAAAAGGCUCCCCCUUUGGUGGGGAGUAAAGGGACAGGGCAGAAGUAUGAGGAGAUAGAUUGCAUGAUUAAUGAAGAGCAAACUGUACGAUGCAGAAAAGAGGGGACGGAAGUGUACAUGCCCUUCUCCUGGGUGGAGAAAUACUUUGAGGUUUAUGGAAAAAUUGCUCAAUAUGAUGGCUUUGAACGAUUUGAAUUUUCCCAUAGCUACUCUAAAGUAUAUGCACAACGUGGACCUUAUCAUCCAGAUGGGGUUUUUAUGUCGUUUGAAGGAUAUAAUGUGGAAGUCCGAGACCGGGUAAAGUGCAUCAGUGGAGUAGAAGGAGUCCCAUUAUCCACCCAGUGGGGCCCACAGGGAUAUUUUUACCCAAUUCAGAUUGCACAGUAUGGUUUAAGCCACUACAGCAAAAACCUGACUGAGAAGCCCCCCCAUGUGGAAGUAUAUGAGAAGGCAGAUGAAAAGAGCGGAGUGACUGGGGUUUGGAAAAUCCCUAAAGGAGCGUCUGUCACCACUGUGUUUGACAGUACCAAGAACAGCCAUGUCAAACAUUUUGUGGUUCCAGAGAAUUUAGAAGGGGCUUCACUGACUUUGGGAAACAUAAAGGACUUUAUCUUAUCUCUGGAUGUGAAGUUUACAACUAAUGGCAGCAUCUCAGUGGUAAUGGAGACUACUGAGAAGAACCAAAUCUUUACUGUACACUACAUCACCAAUACACAGCUUAUUGCAUUCCGUGACCAUGAUGUCUUUUAUGGGUUGGGAUCGCGGACAGCCUGGAGCACGCUGACACGUGAUCUAGUGACAGACCUCAAAAAGGGUGUGGGACUGUCCAACACAAAGGCUGUAAAGCAGACCAAGAUCAUGCCGAAGAAAGUGGUCCAGAUUGUGUUGAAAGGCAGUGGCUAUUUAGACAAUGUCACCAUAUCAACCACCGCCCACACGGCUGCCUUUUUUGCUGCCAGUGAUUGGCUGGUGAGAAAUCAGGACACCAAAGGCGGCUGGCCAAUAAUGGUGACUCGUAAGCUAGGAGAUGGAUUUAAGGCGCUGGAACCAGGGUGGUACUCUGCCAUGGCUCAAGGGCAGGCAAUAUCUACAUUGGUCCGUGCCUACCUUCUUACCAAGGAACAGUUCUAUCUGGACUCUGCACUCAGAGCCACUGCUCCGUUUAAACUGCCUUCAGAAAAGCAUGGUGUAAAAGCAGUGUUCAUGAACAAAUAUGACUGGUAUGAAGAGUACCCCACCACCCCAAGCUCCUUUGUUCUGAAUGGCUUCAUUUAUGCUUUGCUUGGUCUGUAUGACCUAAAGGAAACAGCAGGAGAGAAGCAGGGUAAGGAGGCGAGGCUCCUGUAUGAACGAGGGAUGGAGUCCCUCCGUGCCAUGUUGCCUCUUUAUGAUACAGGAUCUGGGAGCAUCUAUGAUUUACGACACGUUAUGCUAGGCACAGCCCCCAACCUUGCCCGCUGGGACUAUCACACCACUCACAUUAACCAGCUGCAGCUACUUGCAAGUAUGGAUGGGUCUCCAAUAUUUAGAGACUUUAUCCGACGCUGGAAAAGCUACCUGAAAGGGGGCAGAGCCAAGCACAACUAGAAGGGAGAGACGAGAAAUUGCUUUAGAAACCAAAAGCUGCAUUGAGUGUGGCCAGAUGUUCCUGGCCCAGUAUACUUCCCUCUCUGUCUUGCACGCCUGGAGAUCUUGUAACACACCUUGAACAAGGAGGGUUAAAGAUCUAGUACCUAAUAUUAGUUUGGCAUUGAAAAGCUGGAAGCAGAUGAGGCUUUUUAUACAAAUUCCAAAGAGCAGUUGUUUUGUUUUUUUUAUUUUAUAAAACAUGUCCUCUCUGUGAUGUCAUUGAAUAAAUGAAUAUUGGGAACUGAUAGGACUAAUGAAUGAGAUUCCAGGGGAAGGUAUAUUGUGCUGACAAUCAUAUAAACCAGCUAAUAAAACAAUCAAUGACAUCAUGGACUGAACAAAACCCAGAACAACUCUACACAUGCACACUCUCUUUGGACUUUCCAUCCUAUAACUAAUAUAAAAGGGUAAAUAUACCCCCAUGCAUUAAGUAGAGUUUUUCUUCCAUUUCUAUUCUUUUAUAGAGACAAUAGCUUCUACCAGCACAGAUGGACAGAUUAUUCCUGUAUAUCUUCUUUUGUACAAGAGCAAACUGUCUUACUGCUUUAGCUGGCCCACCCCCUUACCAUAAGGCAGAGCCUAUGUAUUUGUAGAAAAGAGGAAUGUUCUGUAUUCACACUAAGUCCGGAUGUUGUUCUUUACUGUGUACAGGAGAAAAAUGGAAGAUAAACCCUAUUUAUAUUGAGUAUAUUUUGCCUUUAAGAGCAGAAUUCUAGGAAUCCUGUGUAAUGCACUUUAACAGCUGACCUGUUACUAUGUGAAUACAUAUCAGUUAGUUUCCUGGCUUCCAAAGAUUCUGCCCCAGAGUG